AUUUACUUGAAAAUAACAUAUCAUUGAUUCACCUUAUUCAUAUAUAUUUAUGCAAUAAAAAAUGGUUCCAUUUGAAAUAUACUAUAAAUAUUGAAUUUGCACUUAGAACACAAUUUUCCAGCAGUUUCUUAACAUCCCAUCUAUAGUAAGCAUCCUAUGUCUAAACUGUUCACAUUGUAGACUAUAUUUCGCAGCAUCCUUCCCUUAUCAAGAGGUUAAUGGGAAUCCGAAAUUCAAAUUCUCGAGCGAGCCAUGGCAGCCUAUAUGCAGAUGAUGAAAAUUAUGGAGAUGCAGAAAACAGAAUGCCAAGAUCCAGGACAGGAUCCGUCCAUCAGUCUAAUUUAAGCAUUGAAAAGAUAAAACAUGGCGAAGAAAAAGAUUGGAAAAGAUCAUUUAGUUUUCUUCGUACAGGAAGUAGUAGGAGGAGGAGAAAAGAGCACAAUAAUAAGGGCGAAGAUGGUCAUUUAAGGCCCGACGAUUAUGGAUACGAUAGAGGGCCACGUUCACGUUCUCGAUCUCCAUCUCCAUCUCCAAGUGGUAUGAGAAUGCGCAGAAGAUCUCCUUCACCUCGAAGAGGUUAUGAUAUAGGCUUUUCUGAUGCUGUUAGUGAUGUGGUAGAUAUAGUUAAUUACCAAAGUAGCCGCAGAGGAAGAGCAAUAGCUAUGUUGAGAGGAAAUGAUGAUUAUAUUAAUCUGUAUGGCUCUCCAAUUCGAGGACGAUCUCCUGUCCGUGGUCGACAAGAGAAGAAAUGGAGGGGCAUUUCACCCAGUCCUGAUUAUCGCACCACGUGCCUUGGCAGAAGAUCAAGGAGUCCGAGUCCAAAUCCAACACCAACUCAUAUGGACUAUUAUGGUCGUACCUGUCUAGAAUACCGUUCCAGAAGUCCAAGUCCAUCAUCAGCCCACAGUUUGCCAUUGCAGAGGAGGCCAAGAGGUCGAAGGUUACCUCCUACACCCAAUAAACCAUCCACUCUCAGGUUAGAUGUGAAGUCGAUGGAAGGAAUGCACUUUCCUCUUGUAUCCCAUUCUCCCACAGUCCCUCAGUCAGCUAGAAGUAUCAACUUCCCAAAAGUCAAUGCUUCACCUACUCACUUUCCCAGACUUCAGAUUGCACCACCUAUAUGGAAAGAUCGUGCACCUCAUUAUAUGAUUACUGGUAGUAGUUCUAGUCUACCAAUUCAUAGACAGCAACCUCAUCCUCCGGAUUUUUAUUAUCCACCCCACAGACCUUCAUCGACUCCACAUCGUAUUAGCAGAGGGCGAAUGGAAGAGCCAUUGAGUUUCGAGACGGCAGCUGCAAUCGGAAGAGGCAGCCGACAGCUUCCAUCUCCAUUACCCAAUGGUUAUAAACCAGGACAUCGCGAACGGCAGAGAAGAGAAUGGGAACAGUCUUUAAUUAUUGGAAGGACAGGUCGCGUUGGUGGUAUAAAUCACCGAAGUGAAUCAGAUGACGACGAUUGGUGCUGAAGACAAUAAAAUACAAGAAUACUCCAUUUCCAACUCAAAAUCAUAAAUGAUCAGCAAUUGGCCAUCUUGUUCCAGCCAGUGAUUCCAACUGUAAAUAUCGGUACAUCUAUUACCCUUUGUUUAUUACAUUAUGUUUCAUAAGCAUUUAGUUAUUUUUAUAUGUUUAAAUGUAAGGUAUGGUCUUUCACAAACAAAAUGUGCUGUGAUAUAACAGCAAGCACAAAAGAUGGAUAGUUGUGAUUAGAUUAGAGUAUUCAAUAUCAUGUUCAGCAAGAUAGAAAUGUGCUAACAAUGGCACAUUUCUUCGAACUGCAAGUGAAGGAAUUGCUUUGUCAAAUGGUUUUGUUCUCCUCGAGUUUUCUAACUCAACUAACACUGCCGUCAGUACUAAUACUGAGUUUAAUUAAAUCUUCAUUUAUCAAAACUUUCAUAAUUCAAAAACCCUAACUGUUCAAUUUUCCAAAAAA